AGUUGUUUAAACAUGGCUGCCUGCGGUAGAAUAAGGAGAUUUUUUUCUCCUGGAAACUCGCUGAGAAUUGUGGAGCUGCUGUAUGCCAUAUUUGUCGUCUCAUUUUCCUACGGGUGGAGUGACAAAGGUGUGAACUAUUCAGACCUUAAUGGAGGCGACUAUGAUGAAUGUAACAGCAUUAUUUUUGUGAUGAUGGUUGGAAUGAUCUCCCUUGUCUUCCUCUUGUGUGUCUGCCUCUACUCUAUCAUGGGGAAAAUUUUAGCCCCAUGCAAGGAUAUUGUGGCUAAUGGAGUGCUCAGUUUGCUCAUGUUCAUCGCUGCCAUUGUCCUGUCGCACACACUGUCCAAGCUGGGAAAGUCUCAAGGAGUCCGGGAGGCUGGAAUCUCAUUUGGUUCUUUACAAACUGCCCUGGUGUUUGGUAUUGCUCUGGCUAUGCUUUUUGCUUUGAGCGCUGCGUUUGCUGUCUGCUUCUACCGGAAGAGAAGUGACUUUAUGCUGAAUGACUCACGAACUACAAUGGCUGAUCUCCCUGAUGACAUACCCACUUGAGAGGUGUCAGGUUGUGUUGGACGUGUGACCCCACAGGUCAAGUACAUGGUUCACAUCAGACACCAGAGGACCGUGGCUCAAUAUGUGGGGUCAGAUUUCAGCUGCAAGGCUCAACUGUUGGUCCUGCAUUCUAUCUGAUAGGAAAAGGAGUUUGUUGUUUCUCUUAUAGGUUAUCAGAAAGGUUUAUCAAAGAUUAUCAUAUACAUCACCUUUCCAAGAAAGGGAGUUAAAGAUUCAUGCUCAUUGACUAUGGUUAUUGUGAGUAGAAUGGAUUAAGAACUUUUGCUUUUUUAUAGGAUAAAUAUUGUCAAGUUCAGUUCAAAGUUAG